AUGCCACUUGCCAACAGUUAUUGCCCCUUCUGUGGGAUCAUUCUGCUGCCUGAUCCGUACUGGGAGAGUCCGCCGUCUUCACAGGCCCAGCCUCGCCCCUGGUACACAGAAGCGCGAGGAAUAUACCCCACUGAUAUACCUGGCUCUGUCGGUUUGACUGGGUUGGGAAUAAUACAGGCCCGAAAGAAUCUUUGCGCACCAUCUGAAAGCCAUCGAUCUUACAUUGGUGAAGAUCUCGAUGCGCUAGAAGUGUGGAGAAUCUCCGAACUAUCCGAUCACUGUUGGUGCUUUGCGUUCCAUGACUCCUGCUGGAAUAUCCUUCUCCUCAGACUCGGCAUUAGAGAUACCAACCCUCUACACGUUGAGGAGACUAUUUUAAGACCACUUUUUAACCAGCUAUGUUCCACACCGUGCCCGAAGGGCUCCGUUUUUAAACUCGGCCAUAACUACGGGGGCGCUGCUAAAACGCAUGUCAGAUUUGGACCGAUAAAACCUAUCGAUUUGAGCUCAGAAUAUUAUGCUGACCCUUAUGCGAUCCCCUCAAUAUCGGCUAUUGAAGCCAACAUCCAACCACAUUUGGGCAGUGGGACAGGUGUCAGUCUGCCCGUGGAAGAUACCAGCCGUGCCUUUGCACUUUUCCAAUCCAAUCAAAUACCAGCCCUAUUCCGCUCUCUCGAAGACACCUCAAAAGUCAUUUGCGCCAAUUCGCUCAAGCCCUGUGUCCAUGCGUUCAAAAAGCUUCCCACGGAGCUGGUAUCCGAAAUUCUAUCCUAUCUGUCCUUUGCAGAGCUCUUAACUCUAAGGCUUGUGUGUCGAGAUUUCGCCCUGAUAGCAACCACCAGUGUCUUUUCGCAGUCCUACUGGCGCGGUAGGUUCUGCAUUGGUCAAGAAAUGGACUUCCUUUUCCUCAAACUCACCACAGCCCGAAACUGGGCAAGAAUUUUUCAGGGUAUCCGGAUUUCUUUGAAGAAGUCCCUGAGUUUGAUCAAUCGAAAGAGGGUCAGGAGUCUUUUAGAACCCAUCGCAGCUCUUUGUGAUCUAGAGGCUAACCCGGCAGCUUUUCAAUGUCCCGAUGGCGCAACUUCUGAGUCCCCCGUUUCGCUACAGAUUGGAGAUUCCUACUCGGGUCACCCAUGGAACCCUAAGAAGGACGGUCCCAUAGAUAAGGGAUGUCGGCAACUUUUCUAUAGGUCGCAGUCCUUAUAUUUUCCACACCAGCCAACUGAGCGGCGGAUUGGCGUCUCUACCAUCAAACUCGGUGCCAAAAGCUUCAUCUCGGGAAUCAACUUCCACGAUUCCACCAGCCGUGUUAUCGGAUACCGUAUUCCCUCGUCGGAAGAAUGGGUACAGAUGCCGCCCGCUUCCGAGUUGCGAGAAAUUGGUGUGAGAUUUUGUUCAGAAGGCCUGAGAGAGGUUGUAUUCGAUUUCAAGGACGCAUCAUCCGGCUGGGUUGGAGAUAAACAAAGCUGGGGAAUUUUAUCCGGCAGAUUGACCAUCCCAGAAACCGGCUCUUGGUGGCCCCAUCUUCUUGCUGGCCUGGACGAUUUUAAAAUCGUCUUACUUGCCCUCGGCAAGACAUCCAACCGCCCCUUGAAUGAAGUGACUGAUGCAUUUGAUAUUCAGUCUGUGUUAUGGGCACCGCAUCCCCCAAACGAAAAAGAUGUGAAAUGUAGUCACCUUCUACCACUGUCCGAGUCGCCCGGACCUUUUGACCGUUUGAUGAAUAUCGACUUCGGCGGCCCAAAAGGUGUGCACCUCGGGCGUUUGACGCGGCUAACAUUUCAUAUGGCAGCCCUCAACUCCCGCCUGCCGCUGACAGGGAUCGAAGUCUUUCUCUCCGAUGGGCAUUCUUUCUUGUGCGGGUCAGGAAAUGAGUGCAAGCUCACUUUGUUUAUCGAGGGAUCAAAAGGAGAGCGUAUUGAUCGAAUCGAUGUUCUUGAAGAGAGCUCGCGAUACCAUUUGGUAAAAGAUCUCAGUGGCUUACAGAUCUCGACCAAUUUUGGAAGAUCUGUUAGUUUUGCUCCUCUGCGCUCUCGAAUCAAAAAUUCCGUGAAAUCUCUCCCGGAUUUACCGCCCGGUAGCUUCAUCACGGGGCUAAUUUCUAUGAAUGAGCACUUCCGAACUCAGUUUACCCGAAUCGGAUAUCAGGCGCAGCAAAAUGUCGAACAAUUUGGCCUAUACCAGAGCACGGAUAUCGUGGAUCACGACUGCCACCACGUUCCUAGGAAUCAGGUCCUAUACGAUGAUGCAUUUUCCUGUUAUACAGGCGGUGGGAGAUUGAGGGACUACCAAACCUAUGCAACGCUCAAAAACGUGCGUAAAAUCCAGGCGUCAAUCGACAUUGAAGGUCUAUCUCGAUUUGACAAUUGCAUAUCCGGCUUGAAAAUCGAGUACUUCGAUCAUCCCAGCCCUGCAGUGCUAGGCCAAUGGCUCAAAGAGUCCGACAGCUUUGAAUUGUCCCGGGGUGAAAAGGUUCAAUCCUUGACAAUUCGGAUUACUACAAUGGGGUUCAAUGAUGAGCGCCCCGGCAUGAAGUUAGGCCAAGUCACCGCAAUCCAAAUCGAGACCACCCACUCUCGUAGCAUGGCAUUCAAGUCCACACAAGAAGUAACAACGCCAUCAAAAUUCCUUGAUUGCCAAGGUCUACAGGACACUUAUCAUAGUGACCCUGAAUCUGGAGAUGAAAUAGUUGCAAUUUCGUGGAUCUUGAAUGCGUAUUAUGAUCGACUCCGGGCAGUGUUUUCGGUAAAUCCAUAUCGACCCGCGCCAGUAUCAGUCCCGGAACGAGCUCCACCAUUUGAUCAAAUCCAAAAGCUCUAUUUUACCAGAUAUAAUGGCAAUAAUGAUGACUGGGAGACUGUUGUCGCAGUCGAGGCCUUCUUCCGAGAUCAGGCGAUUACUGGAAUCGUCUUCAUCUAUCCGUCUGGCAAGAGGGCAAAGCUUGGAAGGCUUGAUGAUACUCUCCUCUGCCAGACAGUCCAUUUCCCAUCGGAAUCUCGAGUGGUUGGAGUUUGGAUGACACACACAGACUACGAGAUGAGAAACAUCGAGUUCGCCCUUGAGUCGAGAGAACAAUCUGCCCUUUCCACGGUCAGUCUUCCAUCGGAGCCUCUUCCUGGAUCUGGUAUUACUGUCCCCGGUGAGACACUUCGGCGCAACGUAUGGUAUCAACCUGGUACACCUGCCGAAAGCUAUCACCUGCACUCGACUACCUCGGCGUAUGAUGAAAUUUAUCCACCCCCAAGCAGGUCCAGACUGGUGGGAAUCUCGCUGAAUUGCCAGGAUACAUCUUGUGCCAGACCAGGGGCACUGUACGAGCUUGAGCCAAAUCUUGUGAUACCCAGAGGACUUUCCUAG